AUGGCAAAUAAAAUUAUAGUACAGAUAUCAAAUACAAUUCUUGUUUCGUCGUUGUAUAAAUACAAUUCUAAGUUGUCGACCCUGGCGCUGCCGUCAGUGAUUUUCGAGCCCAAGUUCCGCGGUGCUGUGAGGAAUCUCGUCUAUUCAGAUCUCCCUGGACAGCCACCGCGUAGGCAGGAGCUCAGGCAUUCGAGAGAUUUAAAGUCCUCAAGAAUAAACGCAAGUGGUGACGCGUGUGAACGUCGGGACCCUUGCCAACAUGGGGGUGUGUGCAUCAGUACUGAUGACGGCCCCAUCUGCGAAUGCCGAGACGGGGACUAUGAGGGUGCAUUUUGCGAACGAGACAAAGCACCAUCGGAGGCCACAUUUCGUGGGGCGGAAUUUCUCUCAUACGACCUGACGCAGACCGGAGGCGAACCUAUAGUCAGCACACAAGAUGCAAUUUCACUCUAUUUCAAAACGCGGCAGCCGAAUGGACUACUAUUCUAUACUGAUAUACUUCCAAUAAAGGUAUCAGACCAGAAGGUGUCAGCAGUGGUGGACGAUGUGUAUUCUGAACACGCGCAUGUCGCUGGGUCCUUUACGAUGCUGGCGAGCUCUAGGGCUCACGUCGGUGGCUCUUUAAACACCAGAGCCCUGCCCGGAGCCAGAGUGCAUACAAACUUCAUUGGAUGUCUUAAAAAGGUGGAAUUCUCAGCGGACACGCUGCGUCUAAAUCUGAUAGACUUGGCAAGAACUGGCAGCAAGCUGAUCACGGUCACAGGUAGAUUGGAGUAUGCUUGCACGGCCACAGACUCCGCAGACCCUGUCACCUUCACCACGAGAGAUGCACAUUUGAUCCUGCCGAAAUGGGAGGCGGUGAAAACGGGAACGAUCUCGUUCAAGUUUCGCACCAACGAGCCGAACGGUCUCAUUCUGUUCAACAUGGGCGCGAAGCCACCAAGGGCUGAUCUAUUCGCGGUGGAAAUGUUAAAUGGGUAUAUCUACGUACACGUGGACCUCGGUUCUGGUGGGGUCCGAGUGAGGGCGUCCAGACGACGGGUGGACGAUUCACACUGGCACGAGUUUCUGUUGAGGAGAACGGGUCGAGACGGAAGAGUCACCGUCGAUGGAGCCAAUGCUGAAUUUAAGACACCAGGGGAAUCAAAUCAAUUGGAGCUGGACGGGCCUUUGUUCGUGGGCGGAUUGGGCUCCGAGUAUUCAGCCGCGAGGACACCCCCGGCUUUGUGGACAGCGGCGCUGCGACAGGGCUUUGUGGGCUGCAUACGGGACUUAGUGCUCAAUGGGAAACCGCAGGACCUCACCGCCUAUGCACGGCAGCAGGACUCCGCAUCAGUCCGCCCAGCGUGUCACGUGCUGAUGAAGCAGUGCGUUUCGUCUCCAUGCCAGCAUGGCGGCAUCUGCUCAGAAGGCUGGAAUCGCCCACUCUGCGACUGCUCCUCAACUCAGUAUGGUGGACCGACCUGUGGACGAGAAUCAGCAACAAUAUUCUUGAACGGAAGCCAGCACCUAACAGCGUCAUUAGGCCCAGAACAUGUGACUCAGACUGAGGAACUGUUGCUCCGCUUCAAAACCAGUAAGGCAGGGUUGCUCCUCAGGACUGCAUCAGAGAACUCUGCUGAUAGGAUUGAGUUAGCUGUUGCUGCUGGGAGGGUUAGAGCUAGCGUAAGACUGGGGGACCGGGAAAAGAAUCUUCUAGCGGGCACGAACGUCGCGGAUUCAGCGUGGCACACGGUUCGCUUCUCUCGUCGGGCGUCGAACCUGAAACUUCAGGUAGACGGUGGACAACCAGUACGCGCUGAGACAAUUCUAGGGAAAGCGUCCACCUUGGAAAUAUCCACGCUACACCUCGGAGGCUUGUAUCACCCGGAGGAAGAAAUUCAAAUGACGUCGACUUUACCUAACUUUGUCGGCCACUUACAAAGCUUUGUUUUCAACGGUAUCAAAUAUAUCGAAUUAGCGAAAACUCUGGGUAUCGGGACGCACGAAGAGAACAACAAUAUCUAUGAUACAUCAAAUAUUGUGUUCAACGGGAAAUUCACGAAGCCCGACUCGCUAAAUGUGUACAAAGCCGUGACUUUCAAGUCUAAACACACAUAUGUGGGCCUACCACUACUGAAGGCAUAUGGUAAUACGUAUCUGGACUUUUACUUCCGGACGACCGAAAUGGACGGAUUGCUCUUCUACAACGGUGGGAAGAAGCAGGAUUUUAUAGCGGUGGAGCUGGUAAAUGGGCACAUACACUGCGUGUUUAAUCUCGGGGACGGAGUGGUGACUAUGAAGGACAAAUUGAAGAACUUCCUGAAUGACAAUCGGUGGCACACGGUUUCGAUCCGACGACCGACGCCUAAAGUGCACACUGUGCAGGUCGACGACGAUUUGGAGAUGCACACGACGAGUUCAAAUCUAAUGCUGGAGCUCGAUAGCGUGCUAUACGUCGGUGGAGUACCAAAAGAUAUGUACACUUCGCUGCCAGUUGGCGUUUUGUCCCGGCAAGGCUUCGAGGGCUGUAUGUCGAGUUUGGAUUUACCCGGAGAGUCGCCCUCGUUAAUAGAUGAUGCUGUAGUACCUAGCUCUUCUUUAGUAUCGGGGUGCGAAGGCCCAACAAAAUGCACACACAACGCAUGCGCCAACAAGGGCGUUUGUGUGCAACAGUGGAACACAUAUGUGUGUGACUGUGACCUUACUUCCUUCACCGGUCCCACAUGCUAUGAUGAAUCGAUAGCGUAUGAAUUCGGACCAGGACGAGGCAUCAUCACGUACACCUUCGCUCCAAGUGCUGUUGUUGAUACAGAAACCGAUAAAGUGGCAGUCGGGUUCGUCACGAGCAAAGCCGAUGCUGUCAUCAUGAGGAUAGAAUCGUCUAACACACAAGACUACAUGCAAAUGGAGAUUAUCCGGGGUAAUCUGUUCGUGGUAUACAAUGUAGGUGACGGAGAGCAUCCAGUGGGUGAUGAGGCUGCUCGUGUUGAUGAUGGAGCUUAUCACGUAGCCAGCUUCACUAGGAACGGAAGUCGAGCGGCGCUGCAACUUGACAACUACGCUGUUAAUUUACGACAUCCUCAAGGAGGCCAACAGUCCACAAUAUUCAACAGCAUGUCUCGGAUCAUCGUGGGAGGUGGAACGGGCGGGGCGCGUUCGUUCAGUGGCGUACUGGCCGGUCUCGUAGCUGGAAGGGUUCGGGUACUAGACUUGGCGGCAGCAGGUGAUCCAGCAGUUACUGUAAGAGGCGAUGCCAGAAGAGCUCACACUCCACUCGAUAGGGAUAUUAAUAGGAUGCAACAGACACCACCAUCAGGGUAUGGGGGUCCCGGUGUGCUGGACGAGUUGGUGUACUCGGGCGCAGGUUCAGGUUGUCGAGACGAUGAUGAAGAUGCAUGUGUUCUGCCUGAUGCUGGCUCCGGAGACGAUCUUAUUACUCCUGUGUAUGUACCUUCAACGAGACGACCGCCAGCUAUGCGCAAGGGAGACCUCAGCGGCAAACUGAUGAAACCUUGCGAUGACGAGGACUGCAUUGAGGGUUCAGGAUCGAACGCAGAUGAUGUCACUGAACCGGAGCACCCUAUCACGACUGCGGGUGUGAGCAGCACCAUCAGCAUGACGUCCCCGACUUCGGCUAUAGUCACGGAGCACGUCGACAAGGCGAUAUCUGGCUCCACUGAGGGCGGGACUGAGACCGUUGGCACCACAAAGAGUGAUCGCACCACCCUGCCCGACCACGACAACAUGCACGCGGGCACGAUAGACACUGCUACCACUCCAGAAAAGGGAACUACUCCAACGGAAGAACACACGCACACAAGCAAUCAGUUUACACCGACAGUCACACGGCAUACGGAAAGCACGCACACAACGGAAGAAGAGAUCCCCGACUAUGAAGACCACACACACACAAAGAUAGCGACCCGUUCACCCUACGGCAUAGACGAAGUGGUUCCAGGCAGCUAUCCUGGGUACAACGGGCACGAGCCGGAGAUCACGACCAAGUGGUACCACCCCAAAUCGACGGAUAAUAGGGUGGUGCCGCCUGAAUCCGAGUUCUUUGCUACUAUUGUUGGUAUCGUUGCAUCAAUACUGAUAGCGAUAAUAUUGAUCGUGAUAAUAGUGUUGAAGCUGAUGUUCAAACUGGACCCCUCCUACAAGGUGACAGAAGACAAGAGUUAUCAGCAAAGCGCAAGCGCUGCGCUUCUAGCCAACCAGGCUCAUUCUAGUUACCAGACGGGUUCAUCCAGUGCGCCGGCAGGUGGCGCUGUUCGCAACUUACAGCCACUGCCUUUGAACAGGAACGGGGCUACGCCCCUAGCGCCAAUGCCACAACCGGUUAAACGAGACGGUAUCAAGGAGUGGUACGUGUAG